AUGCCGCACAUUUUUGUACCACCUGUCGCAACGCGACGAGCCCGUCCAACAGCAUGGGAACUAGUUUCAGGAAAGAAUAAGCGCAAGAGAAUGACAAUGCAGGAAAAUGAUGCCACACAGGGCGAAGAACAAGACAACCAGACAAUCUAUAAUGUGGACGGUCAACUUGAGACCUCUGUCAACCUUGACUAUACCGCUGUUGUAACUCCAGUCGAGCGACUCCAACGUCGUGUUGCUGGGCAGCCGUUGGAUCAGCCUCCACCACCUUUCCCAUUCCCGCACGCUGAAGUGCCCCCAACGAAUAGUCAGGAGGCACGAGGAGAGGUGGACAAAGAGAAGGAAAGCGCACAACUGUCAAAGGUAUCAGACAGCUCACGGUCUUUGCACCUUCAGCACCUCGCUGCCCUGACCACAAUAGUCCACCGUUCGCUCCUCAAGGAAGAUUUCCCUCGUGCUGCUCGUGCGCUAGGCUUGAUCUUCCGUGAGGAUAUCGUCAGCAAAUAUGCCGCAGUCCGUACUCAAGGCUAUAUGGGCAUUGUGGCUGAAGUGCUUCUUCGUAAUGGGGCACCCAAGGAACGGGUUCCUACCCAGAGGUUCUCGGCGCUUCCGUUCACGCACGAGGGUUUCGAGAACGCUAAGCGCUUUUACGAACGACUUAUCGUUAGACAUCCUUACCACAAGUCAUGGCCUGAGGCCGUCAAUGCUGUUGACUAUUACCUCGCCAUGUUCAACCUCUGGAUCUACGUGGUCCAAUUUCAGUACGCAACGGUGCAUGAGGUUGACGAAAGUGAUAUGGACUCUGUCACGUCCUCUCCUCGGGCUGGCAAGUCCAACAGUCAAUCACACAAGAAGGUGAGGGAGCUUGAACAGGCUGAUCAAAUUGCAUCCAGGAUGGACACUUGCAUGGCCACCGUUCCGUACAUGGAUGAACCUGAACUCAUCAGACUUCGUGCAAUGGUCGCCCUCUGGAUAGCCGACCUUCAUGAAGAUUGUGCCUACCUCGGAAGGCUUGAUGGUCUGGAUGCUGUCGAUAUGCCCUUGGAUCAGUUUCACGCAGCGCCAUCUCCCAUCACACACCAGCCUUCUGACCAGGACGAGCACAGCCGUGAGGCUGCCCGAGCACGUGACAAGGCGCAAGACCUCCUGUCGAGAUUGGAAAGUGAAACGAGAAACGAUGGUGGAUGA